UUUGUCGUCGAGAUCUUGUGCUUUCACCCUCGGCUCAGUUCGGUUUGCCGUCCUGCAGAGGUUCCAAGUUGAAAGUACUUUAGUUGGUGCAGUUGUUCAAUAACACUUCCACGAGAGCUUUUCUUAUUCAGAGUGUGCACAGUACAAGGUCGCUUGAAACUUCAAUUGGAGCCCACCAACCCUGUAAACGGAUGUCUGCAGCGAGCGGUGGGAGACGCGACAGCUCGGACGUGGACGUAUUCCUGCCGCACUCGGAUGGAGAGACGAGCAGGUACGACCCGCUGGCUAUCUCGGGGCGUGUCCCCACGCCAACAGCCUCGUCAUCUUCGCGGGUGUCGUCGCGGCUUCGGAUACCGAGCGUGAAGGAGGUUGCAGAGAAGUCGGAGGGCCCCAACUGGACCAUGAGCUCCCCGGCACAGAACCUGGCGGCCGCUCUGAACGACCCGUCCGACAGAGAGUACGAUCUCUUCACCAGGACGUGGGGCAUGUAUUUUGUCCCCAAUGCUCCACUCCCUCCAUCCACCAUCCCUAAUAUCCAGCUUGGGGACUUUAUCAGAUACCUCAAGGAGACAUCAUCUGGUAGGAAGGUCCACAGGUCUAUUGUGAGGCAGCUGCGUAAGGAGUCACAGGACGAGAAGACGUGCCCUACCAGCCCCACGUCCCCUGCCUUACCUCCUCUCAUCAGCAAACUGCACCAAGGUCAGUGAAGUGGACAAAUCGAUCCAACAACGAUAGCAUAUUCCCCACUUGUCUUUGUAUUUCACGAAUGACAUAAUGUUCCCACACAGAAGGAAGAAUGUUCGAUCUUAGCUCGGUUCCAAGACUGUUUAUGCAGGCAGAUUUCUGUCUGAAGGAUCUGGCCACCUUCCAGCAGGUCCUUCCGCUGCAGGAGCUGGGUCCCGGCCGCAGGACCAAGAAGGCUGCGAGGAGCGGAGAAAGAGGAAAGAAAAACGUCACCUCUCCUUCACCAAACACUCCCAGUACACCUCCAGUCUCUUCAAAACUCCUGCACGAAAAGCUGUCCCAGUACCUGGAUGUCAUAGAGGUCCACCUGGCCCACCAGAUAGCUCAGCGCUCAGACCUCUUCUUCUCCACCCUCUCCUCGCAGCAGGAGCUACAGGACCACAUCAUGUCUGUCCGGCAGAACGUCGUGGAGCUCAGGAUGUGUCUUCGAGAUCUGGACAGGAAACUGACUCACAAGAAUCUGGAACUGAUGAGACUUUGCUCACAGACACAUCGCAAUUCUCAAGUCCUGCAGAAACUCAAGUUGAUAUCGACGGUGCAGCAGACCCAGCCCACCAUCCAACUGCUGCUGAGUACGUCUGACUUUGUGGGUGCCAUUGACCUCAUCACCACCACGCAAGACGUCCUCCACGAUGAGCUGCGGGGAGUCCACAGCCUCAGACACCUGGGAUCCCAGUUGGCAGAGAUGGAGCGGGCCAUUGAGAAGAUGAUGGAGGCUGACCUGGUCGACUUUGCCAUGGAGGACAUUGGCCUCAGAGUGAAGGCGUUCUCUAACCCCUCACUCAAUUCUGACGUCACUGCCUCUGAGGAACGGCUGGUAUCAGUGGUGUAUGGAUUACUGAUGCAGAGCAAACUUCACUUCCUGACAGCUCUCAGGGAGGGCAUCCUCACCAACCUCAAGUACACUGUGAAGGAAACUGUCAAGACCUAUCUCCAUAUUCCUGAGGUAGAGGGUGAAGGAAUGGACUCUCCAAGUCUGGCUGACUGUAUGCGGAGUAUGGAGUUUGAUGCAUGGCUGGGUAUGUUGGAGCACCUGUUUUCAGCUCUCCUCAGCCACCUCAAGACUGUUCAGAGUUGUGUCAAGGUGAUAGCCAGUGUGUGUGAGCGAGCGGCUGGCGGAAGUAGCAAGACGGGUCGAGCCACCAAGCAGGCAGCUCGGCAGCAGUCCGUCGACCAAUCAUCCACCACUGCCAUGGUUAGAGAGACCCUGCUAAAGAACAGCACCACGACAGCCGCAAUCUCAACGACAACCACCAACUCUCACCUUCUGAACCCCUCCAUCUCCCUCCCGGCGGGUAAUCUCACCGCCGGCCCCUCUAAUCUCCCUUCGUUUGACUCGACGUUCGAAAAGAGCAAUGCUCAGUUCGAGGCCGAAGCAGAGCUAGAGUUACUGAUGAUGCAGGAGGAAAUGAGUGACCUUAGAGUUGACCCCAGUGGCUCUGUGACUAACUGGACUCAGCCUUUGUCCGGCGAGUCAUCACAAAACUCCACCAACAGACUAGACGCUGGUUUCAGUGGUGGAGAAUUGGAGAGAACUGGUGGAGUUGGGUCUGUCGGCUUGGAGCUGAGUCCCGCCGACAGCAGCUCCGUGAGUAGAGAGGGUGGGCGAGCAGCGGGUGGGGCAGUGGGCAGAGUAGUGGCGACGACUGCGGGCGUGGGAGGUGGGAGGAGUCAACAGCUAACAGUGGACUCUAAAGAGAAGGAGAGACUGGAAGACAUUAUGGCUGUUGCUCAUGUGGACGAGAACGGCGUCAGGUCACAUGUCCGCAGAGCGAGCUCAGUGCCAGCGACUAUCGCGGACCGAAUGUCAUGAGCUCCUCGCUGCCUCCUGCGAUCUCGUGCACUCUCGUUGUGCAAAGAUACUCAGCAUUAGGGCAAAGGCAGGUCUACUGGAGAAUGUGGCGUCCUCGGAGUUUGUCAGUCUAGUUCGUCUCAUCGAGCACUUUGUUCACAGUUGCACGGACGUGACGGGGAGACAGUGUCCCACUCUUCGCUCUUCUCUUCUCUCUCAGG